UAGUUAUUAAUACUACUGGUGGUGGUAGUGGUGGUAAUAUUAUAAGAUCACUUCUGCUGCGGGAUGUUCCUGUGGUCGGGGUUCCAGCCUCAGCUGCUGUUCGUGUAUUCUCGCGAGAUCUUCGGCUAUUCACGUUCCUGCGGUCCAUCAUGGCGGCGCUGUAUGAGGGGUACACGUUGUGCGGACUUGUUUCUGAUAAAACUCUGUCAACUUCGGGUAUUCGAGGACUUGAGGAGGAGAGAGACAGCGACCAUGUAAUCGUCACCGACACAACCAGAUCUGUGACUCUGUAUAAGGUGUCAGACCAGAAGCCGCUGAGCAGCUGGACGGUGAAACAGGGACAAACCCUGACCUCUCCAGCAGUCUACAACCCACACACCAAGGAGUACGUUGCAGUCUCGGAUAACAAGGUGAUAAGAGUUUGGAAAGAAGAAGAUAUAGUAUUAGACAAGACCUUCAAAGCAACAGUGUCAGGAGAUGUUUGGAAGGUGCACUGUGCACGUGAAGGGGAGGCUGUGGUCUUGUUUCGGAGAGGAGCUGUGAGACUGCUGGACUCCCUGCUGGCAGCUCCCCAGCAGCCCAUCGAGGAAGUCCUGGCCGAAGAGGAGGCCAUCAGAUGGAGCACCAGCAUUGUGGCAAAGACGCAGCAAUUUGUCAUAUUUAUUACGGAACAGAAAGGAGAACAUUUCCUCUACCUGCAGAGACUGAACCCCAACUCUCUUCAGAGGUACCGGUUGGAGGGAGAAGAACCUAAUCUGUCCCCACUCAGCUUCUCUGCUUCCUGCAAAGAUGAAUAUAUCUGCCUCAUUCAUCUCUUCCCUAAUGGCCACGUAUACCAGAGUGUGAUCUCUGUGCGGGGCCCUGCAGCUGACGAAAAAGCCUGUGCUCUUCCAUUGCCCCGGAGCCUGGUUCUAAAUCUUCCAGUUGGGGAAGGUUUGCUGGAAGCGGCAUCAGCCGUGAUCCUGGAUGAUUGUCAUAUAGCUGUUGUGGGGGCUCCACAUCCCUCUGCUGGAGCUGGCAAAGACUAUCUCUGCAUCUGGAAUACUAAUUUUCAGACACUUCAAGCUGGAAUAGAGAUGGCGGGUAAAAUCUACAGACAGCUGUGGAGCUAUUCAAACAGGUUAUUUAUUCCACAUGGGAAAAGCCUCUCUGUUAUACCAUUUUCGUGUCCCAAAUCUUCCCUCGCCUCUGCUCUGGGAAAACUCAGAAAAGCCAAGACUGAAGAGUCCAAACCUCCAGUUUGUGUCCCCUCUUGGAGUAACAUUCUGCAUGGAGAGAACGCUCAGCCCCCUAAACUUGUGGAGACCAGAAAGAUGAGAUCAACUCGCAAGACACAGUCGGCUCUAACCACCGAGCAAGUGCUAGAACUCGUCAAGACCAUACCAGUUGAGGAGGUCCAGAGAGAGGUAGAGGGACUCUUGUCCAGGCACGACCUCCAGGACCUGCAGCCCUUCUUGGGACAGCUAGCAUUGACCCUGGUGUCUCGGAGUCUGGCUGAUCCAGCUUUCUACACGUCCAGCAGCUUGGCACAGCUCGUGCGCACUCGGUGUCUGUGCCACAGUGUGUGUCCUGAUCUCGUGUCCUUGGCCCUUGAAAGGAAGGAUUACUUCUUGUGUCAGCUCUGUUUACAGUUCUUCCCUGACAUCCCUGAGGCCAUCACCUGUGCCUGCCUAAAAGCAUUCAUUGGUUUAUCAGAUGUUGAUGCAGAGAAGUUGAACUUGGAGCCGGACAGCGUGUCUUUCAUGGAAGCCAUAGUCUCGAAACACUGCGACCAAGUUGGCUUACAGAACGGUUUUAGCCCCACUUCUUUUGAGGACAGCUCAGAUGCCAUCGGUGCCCAGAUGCGAAAACAAGACAAGAAUGCCCCGUCGUCACUGGAGCAGAUUUGCCCAGUGGGAGUACAGAAGGGUGCUCUGAUAAAUGAGGUCGUGCAGAUGGCCUAUAGUGACACUUUCCUCCUCCCACAUCUAAAGGAUCUUUCCUCCCAACAUGUUGUUCUUUUCCUGCAGUACCUGCAGUUUCUUUACCUACAAUAUUCCCAAGAUAAUUUUGCACAGAUGCACACGUUCAGAUCACCAAGUCUGAAUCAGGUUGUGGAUUGGGUGUGCAUGCUUCUGGAUGCCCAUUUUACUGUGCUGGUGAUGACUCCAGAGGCUAAAGGCUUGCUGCUGAACCUCCACAAUUUUGUUGAGUCUCAGGUGAAGCUGUUUUAUGAGCUUGGGAAGAUUGAGGGAAGUCUCCAAGAGCUUGAUAAGAUGAAGGUGAAGAAAGAUGAUGGACAAUACUCCAUUGAGGUCAUUGAGCUGUUUUAGAAAGUUUACAGAAUUGUUUUAAUAAAUUCCAACUUUGAAUUUUUCAGAUGAAGUUGUUUGAAGAAUGUUUAUUGCCCCAAACUGUUGUCUGGCACAGAUGCUUGGUAUAAUAAAUGUUUUACUGAAUGUUGGGCGGGGGAGGGCGGGGCCUGUUAUAACUUUGGUAUUAAAUCUGCUGCAGAUCUCAAUGAAACAUUUGCUAGAUAUCUUGAAGUUGGUAGAAUUUGCACCGGUGAGAUGAUACAGUUGCGUUCAAUUCCCUGGCCACAAGUGCUAUAAUGGGUAAUUAUGGAUUAGUAAAAUGCAUGUCAAAUUCAUGUUGUGACAUUAUGUUUUAUACUAUUGUUAAUGGGGGUGGGGAUGUUGAACCUAAUGUCUAUUUGUCAAUCUCAGUCAUGACUUUUACUGUUUUGUACAUGAAAGCCCUUUAUGUUGGAUAUAAAUAUAUAAAAUUAUAAAACAGCUAAUCCAUGUGUACAAUUUUUCU